UAUCAAUGGCAAUCGGGAACAUCGAGGAAGUAAGCGUUUAACUUUCCGCAACGCACAAUAAGGGAGUUGUCUGUGGUAUUUAAUGAAUGCGUCUUCAAAUAUUUUGUUAUACUGCUCUUUUAUCUUUUAUUUCAUCGUCUGAUGCGCUGCCAGUGGCUUAAAUGUUGCGUUACGAGGAAGAGAGAGACGUACAAACCUGAGCUUCCGAGACCCGAAGCUCAGCUCGGUAAGAGGGAGACGGACAAACGUUGAGCUUUCUGGACCGAAGCUCAGCUUGGUAACUCUAAACCUCCAGUUCUCAAAGGACGUCGAAGGUUAACAACACCAGCGCGAGUCGCUCUUCCUCAACCAUUCGGGAAGCUUUUAGCUACGUUUCGGUUGACUGCGGCGAUGUCUCUGGUCGACCAGAGCCAGCAGUCGUUCCCCACCAGCGUGCAGGUAACGGUGCACCAGGCUCGGCACCUUCGCCCCAAGGGGAAAAAUGGCACGAACGACGCCUAUGCCAUCAUCCAGGUGGCCAAAGACAAGUUUUCCACCGCAGUUGCGGAGAAGAGUAUGGCCCCGAUGUGGAAAGAGGAGGCUUCGUUCGACCUGCCGCUCUUCCACCCGGGCAACGUCGACCGCUGUACACUGCACAUCAUCGUCAUGCACCGAGUCCAGGCCGGGCUCGACAAGUUCCUGGGUCAGGCUGUGGUCAACUUAUUGGAGCUGUACGAAAACAAGGGACGCCAAAAGCCAGAUUGGUUUCAGUUGGUGGACAAGAGUGGAAAAGCGGACAAGCUGCGAGGCGACGUCCUGCUUGGCAUCACCUUCAUGAGGAACAACAUGUCAGCGAGCAUGGUGGACCUUUCUAUGCGGGACAAGCCUCGUUCCCGCAUGUCCAAGUUGAAAGACAAAGUCCGUUUGAAGAAAAAAGACAGCUUCUCUGACUCUGGCUCGGCUAUGAGCCAAGUCCUGACAGACAGCGAGGGAGACCGUGAUUCACUCUCCUCCACUCGAACUUCAGGAGAGAAAAAAAAAUCGAAGCUAAAGAACCUCUUUGCACCGAAAUCCAACUUGCAGCGGAACAGCUCACAGUCCAUGUCCACCCUAGGGACUCUUUCUGCAAAGAACUCGUCCCUUAGCGGCAGCCGCUCGUCUGGUAUCAAUGUAGAAACCCCUGAAGUCAAGAAGAAAUUCAAAUUUCUUGGGCACAAGCGGAGUGGUAGCUCAGACAGCAAAGUGUCUUUAGGUCCACUGUCCUUGUUGAGCCGCUCCAAGCACAGCACCAGUGACCUUAACAACCCCAGCAAUAACGGCACCCAUGUUUCUGCUGAAGAAGCAGAGGCUAGGCGCGGCUCUACUCUCAGUCUUAACAGUUCCAGCCAAGGUUCUAUGGAGAAUGUACAUCAACGCACCGACAGUGUCUUGGCAGACAAACAUGCGUCAGUGCCUUUGUUUAGGUCUGAUACUAGAGAUAGGCUUAUGAUAGAACAAAAAAGACAAGAGGAAGAGGAAAGAAGGCAGAAUGAAGCCAUGUGUUUGCAGGAGGAAGAGGAGAAGCAACGGAGAUGGCUGGAAGAAGAAAAUCAGAGAAAGGCAGAUGAAUAUGAGAGGACCAGACGCUUUGCUGAGGAUGAAGUGAGAAGAGAGAAACAGAGGGAGGAAGAGGAAGAAGAACGCCGAAGGCUGGAAGGAAUAGAGAUUGAGGAGCGCCACAAAAUGGAGGAGCUGGCCCCAAAAAGAGAAGAGCAGAAAACUCAUGAGGAGGCGUCCAUGAGCGAAAGGCUCUCGUCUCUGUUUGGAAUCAUAAGAAAAAAGGAGGCGGCGCCGCAGCACCCCGAAGAAGAAGAAGAAGUAAUGACCACACAAGCUCCCCACUAUGACACAAGAGACCAGGAAGUCCUCAAGGCCACUAACUCAUUUGAGAGUAUUUCACUCAGCUCUACAACCCAAUUUAACAGCAAUGAAAGCCCAUCUGAUGAGCAGAAUUCCAGCUUCAACCCACAAAGCUCGUCAGCCAUGCUCUUCCAAAAUCGUGCUUCAAAAGUGUCCACAGUUAAACCAAGAUUGAGUCAUUCUCUGGAAUCUGAAUCCUCUGAGCACCUGAAAUCUGAAUACUCUGAGUUUCAAACCACCAGUGUUCCAGUGGACCAGCAGUGGUCCUCCCCCAUCACCUCUGAAUCUCCCCGUUCUAGUGUACCGUAUGACUUCCCCGAUACUUUCUCCGAUCUUCAUUCAUCCUUGGCUCCCCUGAGAUUCAGGCGAAGUCUGUCUGGUUCCCUACGUAAGCGUCCACCUGGUUCCCCGCCCAGUUCCCCGCCCGGUUCCCCGCCCGGUUCCCCGCCUGGUUCCCUGUCUGGUUCUCUGUAUAAAAGCCUGCCUGGUUCUCAGUAUAAAAGUCCGCCUGGUUCCCCACUUGGUUCUCUGCGCAAAAGUCCGCCUGGUUCUCCACUUGGUUCACCGCCUGGUUCUCUGCGCCAAAGUCCACCUGCUUCCCCGCUUGGUUCGCUGCGCCAAAGUACACCUGGUUCUCCAUUUGGUUCGCUGCGCCAAAGUUUGCCUGGUUCCCCACCUGGUUCUCUGUCUAAAAGUCCGCUUGGUUCAGUGCGCAAAAGUCCGCUGGGUUCCCCGCCUGGUUCCCCGUGUAGAAGUCCGCCAGCUUCCCCAUGUAUAAGUCCGCCGGGUUCCCCGUAUAGAAGUCCGCCUGACUCCCCUUCUUACAGUGUCGAGUCAUCUUCACCCACAAUGGCUGAUAAGACAGGAAGAUCCCCCUUGCCACCCUUGUAUCCCAUAUAUGAGGCCCAGACUAGUGGAACCAAAGAGGCGCAGAUCUCCAGAAACCCAAAUGGAUCUCAGCAGGCGAAAAGACUCUCUCUUCCGCUUCCUGAUUAUGAAACACUAUAUCCUCAAAAGAGGCAUGGGGUACAGGGACACACUCGCUGGGAUCAUAUCAUUGCUGAGGUCAAUCAAAGGCAUAUGGACAGUACACCAGAAUUGAUAGGUCCAGAGAUGAGUGUGGAUGGCCCAGCAGACCCAGGGGAGGCUGAACCUUCAUUUCCAGAAGAGAACAAUUCUGUUGGGUAUUUUCAAACGCAUUACAUGGAAAGCAGACAUCGGUCGUCUAAAACAGUAGCAGCCCCUCCUCCACCACCUAAACAAGUCACUGCAGAAAUUCUAAAUACUGACAAAACUACAAGUGGGAGCCUCCACGAGAUCUCUCUAAAUGGAUCAGAGAAUGCUUUGCAACAGUCCAUUCGACCGGCAUAUCUGACUAGUUCUGUAAGCCAAAUGGAGUGGGAUUCGGUAGCAUCUGAUGACCAGACAAAAGCUCCAGAGAACCUUGACACACAAGUUCCCACUGCUAGACCGAGGCAACGAUCUGUCAAGAAAGAGCCUACAGAGAUGGUGGUACCACCAAAACCAGCCAGAACAUCAGAUGGUCUCUAUACCAGAGUAACCCAGAGGGAACAAAAACCCGAAAGCCUUGGAAUGACGGCGGAUGAUCUUGAUCAAAUAUUCAGCGAGGAGAAAUCAAGGGAUCCCUUCUCAAUUUUGAAUGGCUAUGAGACAAGCAAAAGGCAGGAUGAGGAUGAGGACAGGGAAACCAGUCCAGGCUUCCCCCUCAUAAAUUCAGCUAGACGAACAUCAUCUCUAUCGAGAAGUAACUCUAUGAAGGCUUUUACGUUACAGCGAGGACCUCCGGAUGAAGAGCAAGCCACCAAAAGUAAUCAAGAACACACAACAAGGGAUGGUGUCAUUGAAUCCAUCACACAAAGACAUCCAGCUGAUGGGAAGGCACAAGUUAAUCUUACCGAUGGAGAGGAUCCAUUUGCUCGAGAUUCUUUUCCAGAAUCGUCCCCGUUCCCUGUUUCAGACCCCCUCCCUGUUCUAACGGAGGCACCGUCCUCACAAGCAGAAGUGUUGUCUGCAAGACAGAAACCCAAGAAAGCAUUGAUGCCACCCACUGAGACUCCUCAUCUUGUCAGUUCCCAGUUUAGCAAUGGAGAUGGCCUUGCCCCCACGUUAUCCAGGCCUCAUCCAGUGAAGCCAAUGCACUCGAUUGAAAGUCAGCAUUCCACCACCACUUAUGCACUGAAAGACACACGUGCUCAGAGUGGCACAGCUGGAAAUGUGAAGGUGGCAGGCGUGGCUGGCAGCGGACCAUUCACUCAGCUAACCCAUGAAGAGCUGAUCACGCUUGUGGUGAGGCAACAAGCGGAUCUGUCCAAGAAAGACUGCAAAAUCAACGAGCUUGAAGACUACAUUGACAACCUGCUGGUGCGCGUCAUUGAGGAGAAGCCUGCCAUCCUGCAGGCCAUGAAGCCAGUGUGAAGUAACAGCAAAGGAAAGACGAGCAUCAUGGUCCAGUACAGUUUUUCUUGUGUGUGCGUGUGCUGGUCUUACUUUGUACUAAGACUCAUCCUUAUGGGACUCUCAAGGCUAAUAAUGCACUUUGUGUAGUAAUAUUGAGAUUUCUUCGAGAAUGCUGGAACUGGUGUGUGAUUGAUGAACAAGCGGCUAAAUGUGUGUAUUGAAGUCAAUGAAUGUAUUUGGACACAAAGGUACUGCUGUUGCUUUGAACACUUUUAAAUGUAUUUGAAAUGUUUUGAUUUAUUUACAAUACUUGAGAGGUGGGAUGCGCUUUAUUUUAAUAACGUAAAUGUUUUUUCCAUUGCAGAAUAAUUGUAUAUAUCACUCAAUCAUUCCACAUGUGUAUAUAUAUCAAUUUUAUGCAAAACUUCAACUGAUGAUCACAGUUUUUUUUUCUCCCACCACGGAGGUAUUUAUCCCCUUUAAUCAGCUGCUUUGCUUUCUCCGGAUAUAGUGCACCUUUGGUUAAACUGAGAAAACCAACAUAAAGCAAGUAGCUAAUGUCACUUGCGUUUGCAGUUGUCUGACUCAUAUGAGGUGAUUGUUGGGGCGACAGCGCAGUCAUGUCUGAGAACUUGACAAAAUAGCACGGAAUCAGACUCCUAAUGAUGUGCUCUUCCAGGAAGUCAAUGAUAAUUGAAGACAGUAAAAAGGUCCCUGUGCUUCCAACUCGGCUUAAGUGGAAGCACUUGUAAAUGAGCACGCCAUCUCUGCCUUCCUUUUUACCAUAUUUGUGAAUGCCUUUGCAGAAAUUCUUGCAAUGUAUCUAUUAUGAAUGUAGAGACAUGUCUUCCGAAGCCUCUUGUGUCUUAUUAGCCGAAGAACUCAUUGUUGGCUACCUCUCAUCAUUCUGUGGGCUGAGCACUGAAAAUGUCCCCAGAUGCCUCGUGGAUUGUAGCUCCAGUAAUGAUCCUGUCGACAAAGAGGUAAUGAAAUGUGGUUUUAUUUUAAAUAAAGACACUUCAUCAUCCGAA